AUGAAGAUGAUCAAACUCCUAUCUAGUUCUCUUCACUUGUUUCUUCUGCUCUCAGUUUUCAUCUCAGAUGGUGUUUACACCGUGUGUUCAUCAAGAAACCUGCUUCAGGCCGAAAAAGUUCCAUGUCCAUUGAACUUUCAGUUUAUGAACUACACAAUCAUACUAAGCCGAUGCAAAGGUCCCUCUUACCCACACCAAGAAUGUUGUGCUGCCUUCAAGGAGUUUGCAUGUCCGUACAAGCAAUACGUUAACGACCUGAGCACCGAUUGUCUGACCCUUAUGCUCAGCAACAUCAGACUCUAUGGUAGAUACCCGGUGGGACUGUUUGGCAACACCUGCCUACAAGGCAGACAACAUGUCGAUUGCCCAUAA